CCGACCAGCGGCGGCAGCAGGUUGCUGUCGAAUUGGAAAAGAAAAUCGCUGAAAUUAAUUAAAAAUUUGUUUAUAUUAUUCACAAUUACCGAGAGUGUUAGUGGGCAGCUGAAGCCAAAGGAAAUUCAAUCGUGCAAUCGCACAAAUACUCAAACCAAGGCAAUAAAACGCAGUUCUGCAACGCAUACAACAUUUAAUAGGAAUAGGAAAACAACGGGAUAAAUUGUAGCAAACAGUGAUGAAAUGUGUUUACAGACAAUAAAAACGAAACUGCUUAAAGUUUGAAAUAAUUACAAAAUAUGUAAUUCGAGCCAGAAUAAUAGCGCAAUCACGCAUAGACAGCACAAAUGAUGUUGAAACAAGUUCCCAAUACAUAUGUAAGCAAUUAAUAACAUUUUUGACAAUCCAUGGCAAGGUUGUAACCAAAACUCUGAAAGAAAAUACUCAACAAAAUUCAGUGACUUCAUCGAAUAGAAGGUUGAUAUUGAAUUGAGUUGCUGCAUGGGGAAUAGUCUGAUAACGAGUGGAAAACCGAGUCAGCGCCGUGAAAAGAGACUUUUCGAGAGGCUGAGCUGCAGCUACGCUCAGGCCCCCAACAGAAUGGAGUUGAACUUGAAUCCCCUGCUGGCGAUCGCCCGUUCCAUUGCGGCGCCACCGACACCGCCCCCAACCCCGGAAAAGUUGGACUCGGAUAAGGAUAAGGAGUGUUCCUCCAAAGCUGCCAUCGAACUGCUGCCCAACGAGAUGUGGCUGGAGAUCAUGUCCUACCUUUCGUACAACGACCUGCAGCAAUUGCGCAUGGUGUCCUGGCGGUGCCGUGAUCUGGUUCAUCGUCGCCGAUUCAUGGAGAAGGGCAAGGUGAUAGUGACGCAACACAACCUGGAGGCGAUCCACAAGCAUGCGAAGGGCGGAAACUGCUAUUUGAGCUUCGAGCGGAUUGAACUGAGGAAUCUACGCCAGUGCCGCCAGUUGGAGAACUUUCUGCGUCUUGUGGGCCACGAAGUGAAGCAUCUGCAAGUGCGCCAUGCUCCAGUUUUUCCGAAUCUGGAUGGCAACUUACCAAACCUUAAGGUUCUGACCAUUGCCACGACCAGUUCCAUGGAUGACCAGCAUCUGAAGGAGAUGGAUGACCUGGACAUGAAGCAGUUUUCCCACCUUGUGGGAUUCGAAUGCGAUGGCGUGAGUUUGGAUUCGGUGCUUAAAAUGCGCUGGUUGUUGCAGCUGCGACGAACGGAGAACAAGGUGCAACUGCGACACCUGCAAUUCGAGUUCCGGCGGAACAACGAAAACGCUCUACUGGAGGUCCUACAGGAUCAUGCGGAUACCUUGGUGUGCGUGGACUUAUUCUUCAGCUGCUCGCCGGGCAUCGAUACAGGUGAAUGGUGCCACGCGUUCGAAAACAUGCACAAUCUCCGCACUCUCAAGCUUUCGGGAAAUUGUCAUCUGGUCCUGUUGGAAGCUGUCCUAAGAGCCGUUCCGGAGUCAGCACCAAUCCGUCAACUGGACUUGACCGGAAUGUUAUCGCUCACCAACGAAUUACUGCUCUAUAUAGCUGGCAAGUGGCAGAGCACUCUGAAGGUGCUGGACCUAAUGUUUUGUGUCCAACUCAACGCCAAUUGCAUUGAUGCACUGCGCCAGCUGAGUGGUCGGUUGGAGGCACUGACCAUGGCUUAUUGCAGAGAGCUGACUGGAAUGGGUUUGCUUCAAGGGCUGGCCGGCGAUAUUAACUACAGCCUGCAGGAGCUGCAUCUGGAGGAAACCAUAUUUUUGGACGAGAGCUCCAUGUGCCAGCUGCUGGAGCGACUGCCCAAUCUUCGACGCCUCAGUUUGGAUAACUGCCGCCAAGCGGUGACGGAUCGCACAAUGGCCACCAUUUGCCAAUACCAGACAAGACUGCGAAAUCUUAACAUCGAUUACUGUAUGAAGAUUACGGAUCAAGGCCUGAUGGGAUAUGGAGACACACCCUAUCCUAUAAGUCGACUACGCGGAUUGAAGGAACUUAACCUUAGGGGCUGUCGCAAUGUCACGGAUAGUUCUCUAAAGGUUGGACUGAAGUUACCAGAGCUGCGAGCCCUAUCCCUGGGCUACUGCAACCGUCUCACUUCAGAGGGAUUUGAGGCAUUGACCCAAAACUGUCCAUCCCUGGAGGCACUUUGUGUGUCCAGUUGCAUGGCGGUGGAUGAUGAGACUGUACUGAAUAUUGUAAGCAAUCUAAAGCGUUUGCGAAUUCUCAACCUGAGCAACUGCGUCAAGUUGACCCUGCAAUCGAUCCACCACAUCCUGGCCCAUGGACACAAUCUAGUCGAGCUGAUCGCCUGCUCCAUAGACGGCAUGGAUCAUGAGCAGGCCCAGCGCAUUCUGGAGGCGCAGCGACCACAAAUGAAGCAGGUGCUUCUAUAGCAGGAGAGGUACAUCCACUGACGGAGCCGAAACACUCCCCAACACAACGAUUGGGGGAACCACGAGGAUGAUGAGUUCGACGACGAUGAGACCGAGAUAAUCGAGAUCGUAGUUUAGUCGCUCGUAAGACGAUUAGAUUAAGAGGCAACUGAGCGUCAAACGUACAUUGAUUUAUCCGUAAGGAAAUUAUUCUAGACCCUAAACACUUUGGGAAAAAACUUUAGAGGUGAUACUUAGAUUUUUAAAAGCCCCAUUCGAUUACUAUUUUAAGAUCAGCCACAACAGAAGCCAAAUAAGAAAGUACAAGUAUUCAUCCCACCCAAAAACCAACUUAAACAUUUCAGAUUUAUUUUUAAACAAUCUUGAAACUCCAUGAAAUUUCCAUCAAUAGCGAUAUAACGAUUUAUCAGCAGAGUUUUUAAUUUCAAAGAAUCGAGCAAUACCAACCAAGUAAAGACUUUAUCAUAAACUUUACUUAUACGUAAUCUAAGGCCAUAUUGAAAGCCCAAGGAGCUUGCAUUUCUAUACACCUAUUAAUCGGGUUAAUCAACGAAACAAUACAUCUACAAAUAAUACUUUGAGUGUUGUUCAAGUCAAUAUAUUAAUCAGAGUGUGUCUACAAUUUUUAUAUCUUACGUAGCAUAACUAUACGGUUGAUAAACAUUUUCAAGGAACGAGUUGCGAAAAGAGGCUGUUAGAAUAAGUGGAUGUUCAAAUCUAACCAACCCAUAUAUGAUAUAUUUUAAUUCAUAGAUGUAAGAAGUUUUCAGAAAAGUUUUUAAAGAAAUCGUUGGAUUUAGGUAUAAGGGAAGCAAGACUCUCCCGAUAAGAAAGAACGGAACUUUUGGAAUAUAUAUUCUUUUGAAGAAUUUUACUUUACUUAAUCAACUUAAAACAUUUAAUAAAUGUUUGCGUGUGUUAUAAGCUAAUCGAAACGAAGGUAGAUGACUUAACAUAAGAUGUGUGCUGCGUAUAAAAGAUAUUCAGCUUCUUUU